ACAAUUUUUGCGUACGGCCAAACGGGUAGCGGCAAAACAUAUACAAUGCAGGGACCAACCUCCAUGACAAGCAUCGUGAACCAUAAGGAGCGAGGCAUCAUUCCACGAUGCUUAGAAUAUCUAUUCGAACUUAUAGCACAGGAGGAACAGAUGAUAAGUUCUGUAAAGUAUCUCUGCAAGGCGUCCUAUAUUGAAAUCUACAACGAAAACAUAUACGACCUACUGGAUAACUCGACCACAGCCCGAGCAACACGCGAGGACAUCAAGAGGGGCGUUUAUGUCGAUGGUGUUACAGAGGAAUCCAUCCACAACCCAGAGGACGCAUAUAAAGUAUGUGAGGACACCGUAAACCGACAUACUAGCGCGACAGCCAUGAAUCGUGAGUCGAGUCGCUCUCACACUGUCCUGACGUUGACUAUUCAAUCUAUGACGCUCGUUGACGGGAUCAAUCACAUUCGAGAGUCAAGGUUCAACCUGGUAGACUUGGCUGGAUCCGAGCGUCAGAAGCAAGCCAACACGGAGGGUAUGCGGCUCAAGGAAGCAGGAAACAUCAACAAGAGUCUUCUCUGUCUCGGCUCUGUCAUCAACGCCCUCGGUGAGAUCGCCAGUGGACAUUCUCGACAUGUGCACUACCGCGAUAGCCGCUUGACGUUCUUGUUGAAGGAUUCACUCGGAGGAAACUCCAACACGUUCAUUGUGGCCAACGUAUCUCCGUCAGCGCUCUGCUACCAAGAGAGUUUGAGUACACUUAGGUUUGCACAGCGUGCCAAAAUGAUUAGGAACAAGGUAACAUUUCAUUCAUGGCCCAAAACACUGCCAAGUCUCCAAAUAAGGGUUCGUCUUUUGUAUUGA